GUACAAGAUGGCGGAGAGGGACGAGGCAGCGCGAAGGCAGCAGCCGCACCAGGGGCUGAGGCGCCGGCGGCGGACCAGCGACCCUAGCGCCGGGGUUAACCACGUCUCGUCCACGACCUCCCUAGGGGAGGAUUAUGAAGAUGAUGACCUAGUAAACUCUGAGGUUAUGAAGAAACCAUGUCCAGUACAGAUUGUCCUUGCUCAUGAAGAUGACCAUAACUUUGAGCUUGAUGAAGAAGCUUUGGAGCAGAUACUGCUACAGGAGCACAUACGAGAUCUUAACAUAGUUGUGGUAUCUGUGGCAGGAGCUUUUCGUAAAGGGAAAUCAUUUCUGCUGGACUUCAUGCUUAGAUAUAUGUAUAACAAGGAUUCUCAAAGUUGGAUUGGUGGAAACAAUGAACCAUUGACCGGCUUUACAUGGCGAGGUGGUUGUGAAAGAGAAACAACAGGCAUACAAGUUUGGAAUGAAGUAUUUGUGAUUGACAGACCUAAUGGAACAAAAGUGGCUGUGCUGCUAAUGGAUACCCAGGGUGCCUUUGAUAGCCAGUCAACUAUUAAAGACUGUGCAACCGUAUUUGCUCUGAGCACUAUGACCAGCUCUGUGCAGGUAUAUAAUUUAUCUCAGAAUAUUCAAGAAGAUGAUCUUCAACACUUACAAUUAUUUACAGAGUAUGGAAGACUUGCAAUGGAAGAAAUCUAUCAGAAACCAUUUCAGACAUUAAUGUUUUUGAUUCGAGAUUGGAGUUAUCCUUAUGAACAUUCAUAUGGUUUGGAAGGUGGAAUACAAUUCCUUGAAAAGAGAUUGCAGGUAAAACAAAAUCAACAUGAAGAGUUACAGAAUGUAAGGAAGCACAUUCACAAUUGUUUCUCAAAUCUGGGUUGCUUCCUUUUGCCACAUCCUGGUCUUAAAGUUGCAACUAAUCCUAGUUUUGAUGGGAGAUUGAAAGAUAUUGAUGAAGACUUUAAACGAGAGCUUCAAAAUCUGGUUCCAUUGCUGCUUGCCCCUGAAAAUUUGGUGGAAAAAGAGAUAAGUGGAUCUAAAGUCACUUGUAGAGAUCUUGUAGAGUAUUUUAAGGCUUACAUUAAAAUUUAUCAAGGAGAGGAACUUCCACAUCCAAAGUCCAUGCUUCAGGCAACAGCUGAAGCUAAUAAUCUUGCUGCUGUAGCAGGAGCAAGAGAUCUCUAUUGCAAAAGCAUGGAACAGGUAUGUGGUGGUGACAAGCCUUACAUUGCACCUUCAGAUCUGGAGCGAAAACACUUGGAUCUCAAGGAAGUAGCACUUAAACAAUUUCGUUCUGUGAAAAAAAUGGGUGGAGAUGAGUUCUGCCGUCGUUAUCAGGACCAGCUUGAAGCUGAAAUUGAAGAAACCUAUGCAAAUUUUAUAAAGCACAAUGAUGGCAAAAAUAUCUUCUAUGCUGCUCGUACUCCUGCCACACUGUUUGCGGUCAUGUUUGCUAUGUAUAUAAUCUCAGGACUGACUGGCUUCAUUGGCCUGAACUCUAUAGCUGUCUUGUGUAACCUUGUCAUGGGGUUAGCACUGACAUCCCUUUGUACUUGGGCAUAUGUUAAAUACUCUGGGGAGUUCAGAGAAAUUGGAACAAUGAUUGAUCAGAUUGCUGAAACACUAUGGGAACAGGUAUUGAAGCCCCUGGGUGAUAAUUUGAUGGAGGAAAACAUAAGGCAGUCUGUAACAAACUCUAUCAAAGCAGGCCUGACUGACCAGGUGUCUCAUCAUGCCAGAUUAAAGACAGACUGACAGUUCAUCUCCUCAUGGACUCUACUCUCCCUUUUUUCAUGCUUGCUGUACAAUGAGAACUCAAAUAAAAAUAAACCAAAGUUUACAAUCAACUGUAGAAGUAGUUUAGUAUAACUGGCUUCACAGAUGGCUGCCACAGAGUGUGAAAAUUGUUUGUUGGUUUUAAGCAUUCAUUUAAAGGCUCCUAAGACCUGGAGAUUGGGUGAGGAGCAUUAUUAUAUCAUGCACAUUUGUGCCAUGUUUAGUUCUUUUUUUUUCUUCUUUUUACUUAAUCUAAUGUUAGUGAAAUUUGUCUUAUGUAAAAGGAUAUUUCAGGGAAAUGUUUUAAGAAAUCUAUUUAGAGUCUCUUUAACACAGUGUCCCAUUGAAAUUUUAAUUUUUAAAGAAUUUAUGAAUCACUGUAUCAAGAAUCAGAUCGGAAUGACAAUGAAGCCUUUAUUGAGCCACUACAUUAAAAGUAUAUAUUGCUUUACUGCCUUCAAUACCAGUAUUACAUAAAUGCAUGUAUCGGAAAUUUCACAAAAAUUACAUGGCAACUCUUGUAGCUAAGAAAGUUAUUCUGAGGUGUACAUUUGUCUUGCCUUUUUAAAUUUAUAAACCUGCCCUAAAAGGAGAUGCAUAUCUGGGAAACUGAACUGUCUUUUUGCAGUUUAGCCUUCAUGUACAUAAAAUAUGCCAUUAAUUUUAUUGGGGGAGAAAUUCCAUCCAAAAAUGUUGCCUACAGCUAUGAGUUAAGAGUGUCUGUACAGUGUGUAGCUUUUAUUUUCUAAAAUCACAGAUAGGGCAUGUAUAUGAAUUAUAAAUAUAUAAAUACGAUUUUGUAUUAAAAGUUUUGUAGUUUAUGGCAAAAUCUGGUUCUGUGGUAGGCUAAUAAGUACAGUUUCUGUGAAAGGAAUGUUUGUGGCUCACGUCAGUGUGUGAAUGCAUAGACAAUUUGAAGUUUUUGAUAUAUUUGUGAUAUUUAUCUUCCUUGAGCACUGCAAUUCUCACCCCACACCCCACCCCAGGGAAUUCAAUGGGAAUGUUUAUUGUGACUUGUCCUCUGUUGCAUUUUAAAGUUAUUUCCUGUAAUUUAUUUUCAGUACAUAAUUAAAAAUUUGUUGUAUAUAUAAAA